GAGAGCCGUGGGCUGUUUGGUGCGGCUGUAUCUGCGUCGGCUUUUGCGCAGACCUUCUCGAACCCAAACAAAAAGAGAAACUGCGAUCGAUCAAUCAGCAUCCGAUCCGCGUCUCUGUGGUUCCGUGUUGAGUCCGUCACGACCAUCUCAGACCCCCAGCAGCGACCCCGAGGAGUGUGAGAGCCGGUGAAGGCGGAGGUUUUACCGGAGCCGGUUCGGAACAGCGCAGGUUCGGUUCGUGUUCGGUUCUUUAGGAAGUGAUGAUCAACCAUGAUCAUCUCCUGACCCAAAGAACAUCAGAAGCACACAAAGAGAAGUUCUUCUCCUGCGCAGAGAUUCAGAACCGAUCCGGUUCGGCCGGAGGGCGUGAUUAGCUUUAGCUUUAGCAUGACAGCAGCAAUGCGCUGAUUCCGAUCCAUUUCAUCAUCUUUCCACAGGCUCGUGGAUGAUCCGUCCGUCUCUAUGGAGGUUCCUCAGAUGACACGUGGCUUCAGUGCUCAGGGAUUUGGGGCAUGGUGACUGCUGUCCGUCAGCCAGAGCAGCGGCGUCUAGCAAGGGCCGUCUGGACCUGAAGGAAGACCUCUGAGACGUGAACGGGGCGAUCGAUACGGGAACGAGAUGGGUCAGUGUGUGACUAAAUGUAAAAACCCCACAUCCUCUUUGGGCAGUAAAAGUGGCGAAAAGGAUGCUGGGAAAUCGCACGGUAAAAAAGGAGGUGGUUCAAGCGGCACGCACACAGAGGAAGUGGCAAAGUCCUCCGCCGAUGUCAUAUUCAAUGGCACCAAAGUGUCGGAGGUGACCGUGGAGAGCAGCACGGCUCCGGCCGUCUCUGCAGAAGUGCAGCGGGAGACGAGCGCGCAGGACGCUGGAGGAGUGUCGCUCGCUCAGAUCGACGACUUGUUCUCCUGUUAUAAGGACGAGUAUGAAGAUGCCAUCCUGGAGGAGGGGAUGGAGCGCUUCUGCAACGAUCUGUGCGUCGAUCCGGCCGAGUUCAGAGUGCUGGUGCUGGCGUGGAAGUUCCAGGCUGCUACCAUGUGCAAGUUUACAAGGAGGGAGUUUGUGGACGGCUGUAAAGCGAUCCAAGCCGACAGUAUCCCGGGGAUCUGCUCUCGGUUCUCUGUGCUGCUAGAGGAGUCCCGUGGAGAAGAGAGUUUUAAAGAUCUCUACCGCUUCACCUUCCAGUUCGGGCUGGACGCCGAGCAGGGUCAGCGUUCGCUGCAGCGAUCCAUCGCCAUCGCGCUGUGGCGGCUCGUCUUCACGUUGGACGCGCCGCCGCUGCUGGAGCACUGGCUGGACUUCCUGUCGGAGAAUCCGUGUGCCGUGCGCGGCAUCUCUCGUGACACCUGGAACAUGUUUCUGAACUUCACGCAGAGCAUCGGCCAGGACCUCAGCAACUACAGCGAGGACGAGGCCUGGCCCAGCCUCUUUGACUCCUUCGUGGAGUGGGAGAUGGAGAGACGGCGGAGAGAACAGUCGGACUCUGAGGCCACGGCCGUGUGGCCGGGAACCUGAGGACGGAUGCUUUUGGGAUGGUGGUGAAUUCUGGACGAUGACGUGCGGAGGUGUCUCUGAGCCCGUCACUCUCCAUCCUGUUAUGAAAUUUUCAGUCUUAUUGCGUUGGGCAUCCCGGUGUGCGCUCAGACUUUUGUUUUAAUGAAAGGGCUCCAAACAAAUAGUUUUUUUAAGCACUUUUAUUUAAGUUAUUGCUAUUGUUCAUUUCAUUUGUUUUAAUGUUCACAUUUCAUCCAGAGCGGUUUCUUCUUGAUAAUUUUUUGGGGUUGACCAACACGCCAAAGAAAAGGGAAUUCUGUCAGCUGCCUACCGAGUUCGAACACACACACACACAUGCACGCCAGCAUAAACGCUGCAGGGAAUGUGUUUUAACAGUUAUUUUUGGAUUGAGGGGUGUGUGGUGGUUCUGUUUAACAUCAGGUUUUGGUGAUUGAUGUCCUGGAGCCCUCAAAACCUCAUUUCCCACUCGUGCUUCCCUAAUAGUUUCUGACUUUAUUUGUUCUUCUCAUUCACGUCUCCUCGGAUGCAUUCAUUCAUUCUCAUGUAUUCUCAGUGGUCAGAUGUGUGAGUGGGAAAUACAGUCUGCUGUGAGCUUUUACUUUUAUUUUACGGUUUACAUUUUUUUUUUUUUUUAUUCAAAGUGAUUUCAUUUCAGUCUGGUUUUAUAUAAAUGAUACGGUUUAUAAUUAAUAAAAAUGUGUUUAACA